AUGCGGAACCCUCUUAUCAGACUAGAAUGCGGUGUAAACAGCUACGACUGGGGGAAAGUCGGCAAAGACUCCGCAGCAGCCAAGUUCCACGCUGCGACAGCUUCAGACUUCUCGAUUGAAGAGGAGAAACCAUACGCCGAGCUAUGGAUGGGCACGCACCCGUCGCUUCCUUCCAAAGACCUCGAGACCCAGCGAACACUUUUGGACCUCGUCCAAGAAAACCAGGCUCUGCUCUCUACAGAGAUCGCUGAGCGCUAUGAGAAUAAGCUCCCCUUCCUGUUCAAGGUCUUAUCCAUCAACAAGGCCCUGAGCAUCCAGGCACAUCCAAACAAGAAGCUCGCCGAACAGCUACAUGCAAGUGAUCCAAAGAACUACCCAGAUGACAACCACAAGCCUGAAAUGACCAUCGCGGUCACUCCCUUCGACGGCCUCUGCGGCUUCCGACCCCUCGCUGAAAUCGCCCACUUCCUGAAGACUGUUCCUUCAUUGCGCAAGCUGGUCGGCGAAGAAGAAGCUAAGAAGUUCGAGGAUACCAUCAGCGGCAAGGAAACUUCAGACAAGGAGGAGGAUAUGCAGGAAAACAAGAAGGCUCUACAAUCCAUCUUCACAAAGCUCAUGAACACAGACAAGGACGCACUAUCAUCUGCCAGUGAAGAGCUUGUUGAGGCAGCUAAGUCUGAGGGCGAGAAGUUCGCGGACGGUGGCCCACCCUCCAACGACGGCAAAGAGCUCGCAGACCUUGUCGUCCGCCUCAACUCUCAGUUCCCCAGCGAUAUCGGUCUAUUCGUUCAGUUCUUCCUCAACUACGUGAAGCUUGAUAUCGGCGAGGCUAUGUUCCUCAAGGCUGAUGACAUCCACGCCUACCUCUCUGGCGAUAUCAUCGAGUGCAUGGCCAGCUCCGACAACGUUGUCCGCGCAGGAUUCACACCCAAAUUCAAGGAUGUGGACAAUCUGACAAAGAUGUUGACGUACAGCUAUGCGCCCAUCAGCGAGCAAAAGAUGGAGCCCAAGGACUACUCACACGUUCGGCUGAAUGCACCUGCGUAUAGUUCCAACAGCAGCAACAAGCUGUACAACCCACCGAUUCCUGAGUUUGCUGUGGUGCGAACGGCUCUCAACCGUACUGGUGGCAAGGCAACGUUUGAUCCGAUUGAUGGACCAAGCAUCAUCCUCUGCACCAAGGGCAAGGGAACGAUCAGCGUGGGACCCAAGGAGGAAGAGCUGAAGGAAGGCUUCGUCUACUUUGUUGGCGCUACAGCCGAGGUUGUCAUCAAGAGUGACGUGGAUGCUGAAGAUGAAGAGGGUGCAGAAGGCCUGGUAACAUUCAAGGCGUUCUGCGAGCUCGGAGACGGCAAAGGCAAAUUAUGA